AUGAACAUUCGGGGCGCCCCGGACCUCCCCGGGCAGCCCAGUGACGACCCCAGCAGCGGAGGCGAGCGGGAGCGGAUUCGGCAACGCAUGAAGAUGGUCAUCGGGCAGCUUGAGGACAUCCUGCGGGAGCUCAAGGAGGUAGCCAAGGAACUGAGGGAGGUGGUGAGCCAGAUUGACAGGCUGACCUCGGACUUUGAUUUCGACCUGGAGCCAGACGACUGGACCACAGCCACCGUGAGCAGCACCUCCAGCAGUGACAAGGCGGGUGCUGGCGGCCCCUUCGACCUGGGCCAGCUGGACUUGAUGACCACGGCCGACAUCCUGUCCGACAGCUGGGAGUUCUGCUCCUUUCUGGAUACCUCCACGCCCUCGGACUCUGUGGAUGGUCCCGAGGCCACCCGGCCAGAGGCAGCAGUGGUGGAAGCAGUGGCCGGGGCCGACAGCGGUGCGGCUGACUACCGGCUCAUGAACGGCGGCCUGCCCAUCCCCAACGGGCCAAGGGUGGAGACCCCAGACUCCUCCAGCGAGGAAGCCUUCAGCACUGGCCCAGCCAAGAGCCAGCUGCCCCAGCGGACCCCGGGGACACGGGAGAGGGUGCGUUUCAGUGACAAGGUGCUUUACCAUGCGCUGUGCUGUGACGAUGAGGAGGGCGAGGAGGAGGUGAUGACUACAGCGGCUGAAGAGGAUGGAGAGGAAGAAGGGGGAGGGCUGUCUCCCGAGCUCCCCCACGCCGCCUCCGCCGAAGGCCCCUUUAAGCCGUGCCCCCCAGCUCCCUACAAGCCCCGGCACUGUGCUCUGCCAGGUGGGCGCUCAGGUCCCACUGCGGCCCCUGAACAGGUCAGGAGGAACAGCGUGAGGGACAGCAGCACGCAGACGGUGUCAGACAAGAGCACCCAGACAGCGCUGCCUUACACAGCCGCGAGGCAGAAAGCCAAGAGCAAAAACUAG